AUGGAGGUAACUCAUCAUGAAAAAGAAAGAAAAUUAGUUCCAAGAUUUCGUCGAAAAAACCAAAAUCAAAAUUGUGUUGAUAUUGAUGACCAAGAAGCACAAGCUUUAAUUGAAAAAGAUUUAGAAAGUCAUUUUAUAUGGACAAGUGAUACAAAAGAUGAUUUUAAGUAUCAUUAUGAUAAUGAUCAAUUAAAAGAAAGUAGUCAACAAAUUUCAAUUAAUGAUCAAAUAAAUCAAAAUGUUAUUUUUGAUAUUGAAAAUAAAUCUGAACAAUUAUGGAAAAAUAAUAUUGAACAAGAUGAUUAUCAACUUUUUCAAUGGAAUGAUGAUCAACAACAAUAUAAAAUAUCUUUUUCAAUUCAAAAUACUCAAGAAAAACAACAUCAAUGGGCUUUACAUGAUAAUAAUCAACAAUUAAUGCAAUUUAAUUUAGUCAAUCAACAGGAUCAACAAUAUAAACAUGAUUUAGAUACAAAUACGGAUAAUUCAAGAAAAAAAUUUAUUGAAGGAGAUGAAUUUCGAAAUAACAUAAAAUUCGCUAUUGCAUCUGAUGAUGAAAAAUUAAAUUUGUUUGGUAAAGAUACCGAAGAUAUUUUAUCAGUAAAAAUCGAUCCGUGUAUUCCUCCAAUAAAUUCAACAUUAAGUCUUCCUCAAAAUCCAAUUAUUGUUCAUUGGCUUGAAGGAACUUCUGCAUAUAAUCUAUCAUUACCUGUUGAAGAAUACUUUAAAGAAUACUCUCCUUUAACUGAAAUUAAAAUUGAACUUGAUUCAAAGAAUCUGAAAUAUAUAAAAUGGUCAUUAGAUUUAUUAAAAGAAAAUCUAAUUGUAUCUUAUUUAAUUAGUUUACCCGAUAGUAUUGAUAAACAAUAUUCUCUUCCUGAUAAAUUUCAUUUAAAAUUAUCAAUUGAUGAUGAAAAUUAUAAACAAUUAUUUUCUUUAAUUGAUUUUUCCUUUAAACAAACAUUAAGUAUUUCAUCAGAUGAUAUAAAACAACAAUUAUUAUCAAUAAUUGAUUCAUUUGAUAUAAAACAAAAUUUUGGAAAUGAUGAUCAAUCUUUAUUUUAUCAAUGGUCUUUACAAGAAUUAAAAACAAUUAUAUUAAAUCUUUCUCCUUCAGAAAUUAUCAAUUUAGUUUAUUCACCAAUCGAUGCUAAACAAGUUUUACUUGAACAUUUACUUAUUGAUAGUGAUGAAGUAAGUGCUCGAGCUUUUCGUCGAUAUCGUUGUAAACAUAUGUCAAUAAAAAAUGAUGAUAAACAUCAACUAGAUUCUCUCGAAGGUUUAAAUUUACAAUUUAAAGGAAAUGAACAAAUUGCUAUUGGAGAAGAACAAAUACAAAAUGAUUUCAAUGAAGAACAAAUAUAUCGAGAUUUAACAAAUUCUCAGGUAUUAUUAGAAGAAGAGCGUCCACAAUUAUAUGAUAUAAUAAAAAGUGAAAAUACAUCAGUUAAUUUGGGUUCUUGUUUAUUACGAUCUGAUUAUGAACGUCAACCACCAAAAACUUGGUCACGACUUCGUCGUGAAAUUGGUUAUAUUUCAUUUGAUGCUUCACUUGCUCAACCAAUAUAUAAGUUCGAUAAAUCAUUUAAACGUUUUAUACACAUUCCAGUAAAACGUGAUAGAUGUUCGUAUGAUGUUUAUCGAGGUUAUUCGGAAUUUAUUGAAAAAGUUCGAUUAAAUCCAGAUAAUUAUUUUCGUCGAUUUGAUUCAACUGAUCUUCGUCCAUUACUUCGUUGGUAUUCAGAAAAACAACAUCUUUUUUCUUCAAAUAAUCCAAAUAUGUUAAAACCACCAACAUUUAUUUGUCGUCGAUUAGUUUUACGAACUAUUUUAGCUAAUCUUUACUGUGAUGCCGAUCCAUGGAAAUUACUUGUUAUACGUAUUAAAGGACAAUUUUAUUUAGCAUUAGCUAAUAAAGAAACAAAAUCAGUUGAAAAUAUGUCUAUUGAUGAAUAUAGUGGUUAUAAAUUUGAAGAUUUAUUUACAACAAAUCAACCAAAUACAACAAGACUUGAAGAAAAAAUUCCUUUAGAAAAACCUCAACAACAAUUUCAUACAGUACAAUAUUGGCAAUUUGGAGAUUUUAAUAUACUCUAUUCAAAUGAAAUUGAUGGAGAACUAAAAUGUGAUACACAACAAAAACCAUCAACUACAGAAACGACUGAUACCGCUAAACAAGAAGAUAAUGCAACAACAACAACAACAACAGAAGAAACAAUAACAGAAAAUGCCGAAAAAUCUACCGAAAUAGAUUGGUGGGAAGGUGGAAUAGUUGUCGAAACGGAAAAAUCAUCCGAAGAAAAUGAAGAUAAAUUAAAAGAAAUUCAAAUAAAUGAAAAUCUUCAACUAACAAAAAGUGAUGAAAAUGAAGAUAAAUUAAAAGAAAUUCAAAUAAAUGAAAAUCUUCAAUUAAUAAAAAGUGAUGAAAAUGAAAUAAUUGAAAAGAAAAAACGAAAUGAAUAUGAAUUAAAAUCUGGUUAUAUUGAAAUGAAAUGUACAAAUAAAAAAAUUUUUUAUCGAGAUCAAAAUAAAUUACAAACACUUGGUUGGUGGGCACAAAUGUGGUUAGCUAAUAUAAAUACACUUAUGAUCGGUUAUAAAACAACAAAUGAUGGAAUUGUUGAUCAUUUAGAUAUACUUUCAAUUGAUAAACUUAUUUGGAAAUUUCUUUCAAAAUAUGAUCUUCGUCUUAAAUAUUGUAUUUCUUAUCUUUAUUCAUUUCUUAAUUUAAUUCAAAAAACAGUUCAUAUUGAUGAUCCAAAUACAAUUCAUGCAUUUGCUUAUAUUCCUCAACCAUUAGAGAUUGAUCCUCUCACUGGAAAACCUCUACAAUAUGAUUUACCCGAAUGUGUUCCAUUUCGAUAUACACAAAUGAAAAGAUCAAAUCAAAGACAUUCAAAUUUUAUGCCUCGAUGGUAUAUUCAAGAUAUUCAACGAAGUGUACCUGUUGGAGGAAUUUUAGAAGAUAAUCAACUUAAAACUGUCGAACAAGAAAUGAAAAAACGUAUUGGACAUCGUGGAAGAUCAUCGUGUAUUCUCAAACAAGAGAAACAAGAGAAACAAAAUAAACGAAAAAGGAAACAUAAAUGA